AUGACCGGCAUUGCAAAGGAGGAGCAUUUUGUCCUGCCCUCAGGAGGAUGCAGUGGCAUUACAGAGCAGGCUGGCUGCAGAAAUCGGAGCACAGCCUCGGCGUGGAGGAGCUGCAAGAAUUUGCGUUGCUCCACCCGAAAGAGAGAUGUCCGCUGCGGCAGGAGUCGCACGCCCACUAAUGGCAAUAGUACUCGUCGUGGUCGCCUUCUGGUGGGUGGCGCCGCUUCGUUUCCAUUCUGAAAAUUUCAGCACCUUCCCUUCCUGCCACACCUUUUAGUAAAGUUGCUACUAGAAGGCUGCUGUCAUUUCAGGUCCACCGCACUCUUCAGCCUUUCCGAAUAUGCAUGUGUUUAAUUAUAUUUCUGUGCCUGUUCCAGCCUGCUCCGUGGCCUCUCUUCCGAUGCCCCCACGUCCAGCAGCCGCUCUCCUCCGGAUUUACUGUUGCAGAAUCCUUCCCUUUUUAUUCACCACUGGUAAGCACCAUUCUCAAAUCUGCCCCUCCUCCGCCCAUACUGACAACCCUCGGGGGAUUUCUUUUCAGCUGCCAUGUUAUGUGA